AUGCAACCACUGAGCCCUGUGGCCACAGCUCAAGCGUGCCUGCCUCAGAGCCUGGAGCUGUCAAGCUGCUCCACUAACAACCCUCGCACCAGAGGAGCCAUGUGGACUGGGCAUUACUGCAGGGGCGCCCUGACAAGGCUGCCGGCUUUCCCUCACCUCACCAUUCAGAAAAGCUUUGACGCUUGCUUCAGCCUGACAUUAGGACAACCUAAAAAGUGUGAAAAAAAUGGCGAUGUCAAAAAGAGAAGGUCAAACCAGGCAGAUAUCCCUGAUCACCUUCGCCAGGAAGCAGAAGCCUGUUACCAGCUGAGGCUGCCUGAAGACUUCUACCAGUUUUGGAAGUUCUGUGAGGAGCUGGAUUCCGAGAAUCCAAGUGAUGCACUUGUGUCAAGUGUUGGACUUAAACUGGUUGGACCAUAUGAUAUUCUUGCUGGAAAACACAAAAAAGUCAAACCAACAGAUGUGGAUUUCAAUCUUCACUGGAGAUUUUUCUAUGAUCCCCCAGAAUUCCAGACUAUAAUUGUUGAGGAUGGCAAAACCCAAUAUCACAUGGGAUAUUUCAGGGAUGUGCCAGAUGAACUUCCAGUAUGGAUUGGUGCAAAUGAAGCUAGGAAGAACUGUGUGAUUUCACAAGUUGGUGAUAAUGCAUUUGCUGCAGUCAAGUUAUUUUUGUCCAAAAAACUUAUGGAAGUGACCGAUAAAAAGAAAAAUGCUAUUUUGAAAGAUAUAGAUGAAAAGCUAACAAGAAGAGCAAAAGAACUGGGUUAUUCUCUUGAACAGAAAACCGUGAAGAUGAAACAGAGAGAUAAGAAGGUAGUGACCAAGACAUUUCAUGGAGCAGGCCUAGUUGUUCCUGUAGACAAAAAUGAUGUUGGAUACAGAGAACUUCCUGAAACAAAUGCCAAUCUUAAAAAAAUUUGUAAGGCCAUUGUUGAUGCUCCUACUGAUGAUCAAAGGCUGAAAGCUUUUGCACCCAUUCAAGAAAUGCUCACUUUUGUCCAGUUUGCUAAUGAUGAGUGUGAUUAUGGAAUGGGAUUUGAGCUGGGCAUUGACCUGUUUUGCUAUGGAUCACAUUAUUUUCACAAGACUGUAGGUCAGCUCCUGCCUCUUGCUUACAACCUGCUGAAGAGGAACCUCUUUGCUGAGAUUAUCCAGUCRCACCUGGCGAACCGGAGAGAAGAAAAUGUGGACCAGCUCACACUGUGAGCCAGAGAACAAGUCUAUGGGGUAGCCCAAACACAUUAAUGUGGGUGUUCUGAAUUGUUCAAGUGGGGUUUUCUUUGUAUUGUUUUUGUGU